GAUGAGCCUGGAAUGAUGAACGGGAGGCCAGGAAUUAGUUUCCAGCAGGCACCGAUGCUCGUGAGGAUGCCGAGUGACACACCGCCUAAGCAGCACCUGCCGUCUACCCGGGAGACCAUCUGGGUACCUUCGGCACUCACGUCAGCUCCCCCUCCGCAGGCUCCCUCCUGCCUCCUUGGUCCCCACGCGCCUCUGGCCACACCGGCCUCCCUGCUGGUCCUCAACCCCUCUCAGGGCCUUUCCCCGCAUCUCUUCCUCCUGGACACUCUUGCCCCAGCCCUUUCGGAACCCCCAGGUCUCAGCCCAAAUGCCACCUUUCCUCUGUGGAAAAGACCAUCCCGGAGGGAGGACUUCCCUCGCAACACCAGCCAGCCGCAGCCCCAGCCCAGCGGCUGUCCCCAGGCGCGCUGCCCUCCCUCCAGAGCACCAUCGCAGUGUGGACUUCACAUUCAACUCGUGACGGCCCGUUUAUCCCACUUCCCCUCAGGGGCAGCUGAGACAGUGAUGAAGUCCCUGUGGGCCGAUGUCUUGGUGCUGCUCCCGCUGCUGCUCCUGGGUCUGCUCCCUGUCUCCUGGGCCCAGAGCUGCACCGGGCACCCGGCCAUCCCUGGCAUCCCAGGCAUCCCAGGGAUACCUGGCUCUGAUGGCGAACCUGGGACCCUGGGGGUGAAGGGCGAGAAAGGGCUUCCAGGGCUGGCUGGAGACCAUGGUGAGUUUGGAGAGAAGGGAGACCCAGGGAUUCCUGGCAAUCCAGGAAAAGUUGGCCCCAAGGGCCCUGUUGGCCCUAAGGGUCCCCAAGGGUCCCCCGGAUCCCCUGGUCCCAAAGGCGAAUCAGGCGACUACAGGGCCACACAGAAGAUAGCCUUCUCUGCCACGAGGACCAUCAACAGUGUCCUGAGGCGGGACCAGGCCAUCCGCUUCGACAGCGUCAUCACCAAUGCGAACAACAACUAUGAGCCUCGCAGCGGCAAGUUCACCUGCAAGGUGCCGGGUCUCUACUACUUCACCUACCACGCCAGCUCCCGAGGCAACCUGUGUGUGAACCUCGUCAGGGGCCGCGAGAACAUGCAGAAGGUGGUCACCUUCUGUGACUACGCCAACACCUUCCAGGUCACCACAGGCAGCGUGGUCCUCAAGCUGGAGCAGGGAGAGAUGGUCUUCCUGCAGGCCACCGACAAGAACUCUCUGCUGGGCAUCGAGGGGGCCAACAGCAUCUUCUCGGGGUUCCUGCUCUUCCCUGAUGCAGAGGUGUGACCCACGGGGCUGAACCCCACCUGCUUGGGGCCACCCCUUGCCUCCCCCCAGCAACAUUCACCUUACCCCCAGCACCACCGCCUACCCGGCCAAACCUCUGUAACUGAAUGAAUGAAUCAAUAAACUCUUCAAGGUCAAGGGACGGCAAGCUA